AAUUGACAAAUGUGUAAACAAUUUUUUUUUUGGAAAAUUGCAAUUGAAUUUUAACUUUUAUCUAAAAAUUAAAUAGGAAAAUUAUGGCUAAAGAUGAAAAAACUGGAACAAAGAGGUCACGUCGAGUUAGAGGACGUGACAAAGCAAAACCACCCACAAAAAUUGUUAUGCGUCACUUACCACCCACCAUGACCGAGGAAGAGUUUCUGAAGCAAAUUGAUCCCUUGCCCGAUCAUGAUUUCUAUUAUUUUGCCGAAGCCGAUUGGUCUUUGGGGUUUGAUGCCACUUGUCGUGCUUAUAUUACAUUUAAAAAUUACGAUGAUGUUUUUCUAUUUCGUGACCGUUUUGAUGGCUAUGUCUUUGUGGAUAAUAAGGGCAAUGAAUAUGCGGCCAUUGUAGAAUUUGCACCCUUACAGGGUUUCAUCAAGAAUAAAUCACGUGGCAGUGAUAAUUUGGUGAAUACCAUUGAGCAGGAAUCACACUAUCAACAAUUCAUAAAUAAACUGGAAGAAGAACGCGAAGCAGCCGCUAAAGGAGGUGAAACGAAAUUGGAAUUCUCUUUGGAAUCCAAAAAGGAAGAAAUUACAUCCACACCACUGCUACAAUAUUUGGCCACUAAGAAAGAGAAACGCCGUGAGGAUGCCAAGAAACGUACGGCUGAAAAGAAACGUCGUCGUGAAGAAGAAAAAGAGAAACGUAAAGAAAAUCAACCCACACCACAGCCGAUAAAGCUUUUAAGAUCCGAAACAAUACAUCAGGAAGUAGAAAAACCGGAACAGAAAACCAAUCAAACUAGAGAGGAACCCAAAAAUGCCAGAGCUCGUCGUAGAGAGGAACGUAAUCGUUUAAGGCAUGAGGCUUAUUUGCAAAAGAAAAAAGCCUUUGAUGAGCAAAAUAAUCAAGGUAAAAAUAAAGAAGAAGAUAAUAAAAAAGAUAAAGCCAACGACAGUGAAACAAAAUCCUCUUCCGAUACAAGCAAGUCUAAAGUGAUUCUAAAGAAAACUGCCGCUGACGAUCUAACAGAAUCCGUACGCAAUUUCAUUUAUAUUGCUGCGUCUAUUUUACCAACAUCGGCAAAUGAGGGUAAAACUGAAGACGUAUACAGAACUGAAACAGAAAAUAAAACAAAGUCUACGGAGGAGUUAAAUAAAAUACAGAAUAAAUUAUCGAAAAUUGAUAUCCAUAAAGCAGAACAAUAUUCGGAGGAUGAGAAAAAGCCAGCCAAGGACACCAAAGAGCAGGGCAAGCGAGAAAAAUUAACUCAAAAACAAAUAGAUGAAAAGCGCGAGGAGCGACGCAUAAGAAAUAAGGAUCGUCCCUCUAUUGCAAUUUAUCAGCCCAAGGCACGUUUUCGCGUAUCUGAGGAAAGUGAUUCAAAUUCUGCCUCCAAGGACAUUGUACGUAGCCAGUCUACAUCAGAUUGCGAAGCUGGUAAAAAGGAUGAACAGCCUCGUCACAAAAAGGUGCAACGUUAUUCAGAACGCUCGAAAAAUCGCAAGACCUCUAAAGAAACCAGCAAGGAAGAUGAACCACAAACAACAGAAAAUGUUGCUGAGUUGUGUACAACCAAUUAAAACUAAUAAAUAAAAUUUAUUAAAUAUGUAACGUCUAUUUUUUAUUUCAUUGAAAGUUGUUUGCGAAUAAAAAAACAUUAAGGAACUUAUAAUACAAAA